AAACACCAGUAAACAAUCAACGACUUGAAGAGAAGAGCAAGAAGGCAUUUGGGUUAAAAUUCGGACUUGAGAAGAAGGUCGGAUUCGUCUUAAAAAAAGAAGAGAACAAGGACACACAAAAUGAAAGUCAAGAUCUUGCGUGGCAUGCUGUUGCUUCAUGGACAUGGGAUGCACAAGAUGAAACUUGUGGUAUAUGUAGGAUGGCUUUUGAUGGUUGCUGCCCUGAUUGUAAACUCCCUGGUGAUGAUUGCCCAUUGAUUUGGGGUGCCUGCAACCAUGCUUUCCAUCUUCAUUGCAUCUUGAAAUGGGUGAAUUCACAAACUCCUCAAGCACACUGUCCCAUGUGCAGAAGAGAAUGGCAGUUCAAAGGAUGAAAGAUUCAGCUUGAUUCAGCUCAUUGCUUUCUUCCUGACUAGUUGAAAAUUCGAUUCAGUUUCAAAUGAAGAAAGGUUUUGGAUUUCUGUCUUUCCUACUCUGCGAUCAGUUCAGGUGUCUUUGUUUCUCCUCAAGCGUGUAGCUAUGAGUUAUAAGCAUCUGUUUUUCUUAUUACACUGGCAUGAAGAAUCAGGAUUCUUUUUUAAGUAGAAGACUGUCAUUGUAUAUUGUAUUUCGUUUUCAGGUUUUAAUAGACUGAAAAUUACAUACCA